AUGCUUCAUGUGCUCAAAUUCGUUCUUCACGAUCCGAAACUUAUCAUGGUGAGUUCAGCGCGGGUGAGCAUGGACAGGUCACCCAGUUGGUACAAUAUGAUGCCGGACUGCACGCACAUGCGUACGCGAACUUGCCGCGAAACAAUUCCGACAUUUCUUGGCCGCAAGCCGGUUACUUUCGCUUUACCGUCCCAAUCUGACAAACUAGAUCAUCAAGAAAGCUGUGACCUGGACUACACUUACAAGGUCAACAUUUGCCAUAUUGACGGCUCACGGAAUGAGGUGGUUGACGCAUUUUCCAGACCCUUAAUCACUCCUCUACAGCUCACUCCCGGAAUCGACCUCGCUGAGAUGGCUGGUGAACCACGUCGUGUUAGUUCACCCUAUGACAAGGAUGCUUUCGAACUCGAACUCCAGGACUUUCUUCUGCCUACUGAAGACGGCUGCAUAUUUUGGGAAGUCGCCACCGUCCAUUUGUGUCGCCACCUCUUAGCCACGAGGUCUUCUCUUCUUUGA